AUGGAGGUGGAAUUGGUGCUUGUAUCCAGAAAAGGUCUCAGUCGCUCUUUGUUCACUGCUACAAAAAAAUGGUUCAGUGGGAGUAAGGUACCAGAGAAAACCUUAACUGAACUUAAAAACGCCAGCAGUAUAUUGUAUCCACCGGAAGCUCCAGAGCUGCAGAUAAGAAAAAUGGCCGAUCUGUGUUUCUUGGUUCAACAUUAUGACCUGGCUUACAGCUGCUACCAUACAGCAAAGAAAGAUUUCCUCAACGAUCAAGCAAUGCUGUAUGCUGCAGGGGCAUUGGAAAUGGCAGCAGCAUCAGUUUUUCUUCAGUCGGGAGCACAGAGGCAGUAUCCCAGCCAUUACAUGGAGACAGCUAUUCAGACGUACAAGGAUCUCUGCAAGAACUUGGUACUUGCUGAAAGGUGUACUUUGCUAAGUGCUGAAAUUUUAAAAAGUCAAGCCAAAUAUUCUGAGGCUGCAACUCUGCUUAUCCGGAUGACAAGUGAGGAUUCAGACCUCCGAAGCGCUCUCUUACUGGAACAAGCUGCCCAUUGCUUCAUCAACAUGCGAACGCCUAUGGUACGCAAGUUUGCUUUUCAUAUGAUUCUGGCUGGGCAUCGGUUUGCUAAAGCAGAUCAGCGAAAGCAUGCCUUGCGGUGUUACAGCCAAGCCAUGCAAGUUUACAAAGGCAAGGGAUGGAGUCUGGCAGAGGAUCAUAUUAACUUCACAAUUGGGCGCCAGUCCUUUACCCUGCGACAGCUUGAUAAUGCAGUGUCAGCCUUCAGGCAUAUUUUGAUCAAUGACAGUAAGCAGACAGCUGCUCAGCAGGAAGCUUUCCUUAGGGAAUACCUGUAUGUUUACAAGAGUGUGAACCAGUUGUCACCUGACGGACCUUUACCCCAGCUUCCUCUACCCUGUAUUAACAGCUCAGCAACUCGGGUAUUUUUUGGACAUGACAGGCGGCCUUCUGAAGGAGAAAAGCAAGCGGCCACCCAUGUGAGUUUAGAUCAGGAAUAUGAGCGUGAAGCCUCUCAGCAAUGGAAAGAGCUUGAGGAGCAGGUAGUAGCUGUGGUGAAUAAAGGAGCAGUACCACUGAAUUUUCAGCCAACUCAGUACUGCCUAAACAGCCAGACAGACAACCUGCGAUUUCCUGUGGCUGUAGUGGAAGAACCAGUCACAGUCGAAGUUGUGUUCAAAAAUCCAUUGAAGGUUCCUCUGCUGUUAAAGGAUCUCUCGCUGUUGUGGAAGUUUAAUUUUAGAGAUUUUAAUAAAAGUCCAGAGGAAGAUGCAAAGGAAUCAAUUAGCAAUGAAAAAGUUGCUCAUCUCAAGACAUCCCCUAGUAUUGCCACAGAGGUAAUAAGUGAAUUUCAAAUAAAUGGUGAAGAGACUAAAGUGGCAAGAUUAAAACUGCUUCCUCAUCAGACAGGAGAGUUGCACAUUCUUGGUGUUGUAUAUAAUCUUAGCACUGUACAGUCAUCUCCUACCCAAGAUGGAAUGGACUACAGUCCUGGAAUGCAGAUAGGAGGCAGUUACCUCAAUGCCAGCAACCUCCGCCUGGGAAAGUCUGGAAGCAAACAGCAGGCUCCUCACAGCCUCCAUCAGUCCAGCCCUUCAGAUCCACUAGAAUACUUCCAUGGGCUAAGCUGGACAGAAGGCAAGGCACCUCAUGGAUUAUCGGUAAGAGGACGGCAAGAUUUGGAAAUCCAGGGACCUAGGCUCAAUAACACUAAAGAGGAGAAAACAUCUGUUAAGUAUGGAUCAGAUCGACGGCUAGAUCCCAUCAUCACAGAAGCAAUGCCUUUGUUGGAGGUGUUCUUCAUAAACUUUCCUACGGGACUACUUUGUGGAGAAAUAAGAAAAACUUAUGUGGAAUUUGUGAAUGUAAGCAAGUGCCCUCUUACUGGAUUGAAAGUUGUGUGCAAAGAUCCAGAUUUCUUUUCCUUUGGGAGCAAAACUGCAGCAUUGACGCCACUAAGUCCGACAGCUUCUGAAAACUGUAGCGCCUACAAGACAGUUGUGAUCGACUGCGCGUGCAUGUCUUCUGCUGUGACAACAUCUGUUUCCCCUACGGACUUCGGAAUGGACACAGGAAAUCCACUUUGGGUAACAGAUGUGCCACUUCCUGACUCUGUGUUGUUGCCUGGGGCUUCUGUGCAGCUCCCUAUGUGGCUGCGUGGACCAGAUGAAGAGGGAGUUCAUGAAAUAAACUUUUUAUUUUAUUAUGAAAGUACAAAACCACACUCUAAGCUGAGUCACCGAGUACUAAGACACACAGCGAUAAUAUGCACCAGCCGUUCUCUAAGUGUGAAAGCGACAGCAUGUAGAAGUAAUGUCCUGGAGGCUGAAGGGAAGAGUGACAGUGAUAAUCUGUUGGUGUUUUUGGAUGUAGCAAAUAUUAAUACAAGUGAAGCAGGUGUGAGGGAAUUCCACAUAAUCCAGGUGUCCAGUGGUAGUGAACAUUGGAAGUUGCAAAAAUGCAUAAAUCCCGCUGAAGAUAAAGAUGCAAAACUUGGCAGUCGGGAGAGGGCAAAACUCUGCUUUCGAGCAAUAAGGUAUCAGAAUUCAGAAGCUACCUCAUGUAUAGAAGGAAAGUAUAUAUUUGCAGAUAUCGUUCUGGGGAGCGAACAAAUUAUCAGUGCAACCACUCCAUGUGCAGACUUUUUCUUUCAAAGUUGCUAUGCUGCACGAUCUCGGAAGAUGAUACCACAGACAACUACAGGCCCGGGGAGACCAAAAACUACUGAUCUUGCCAAAUUGGUGCAGAUGUGUAGUGAGGUGGAUCUCAAUGUAAUAGUACUAUGGAAGGCAUAUGUUGUUGAGGACAAUAAGCAGCUUAUAUUGGAAGGCCAGCUUCAUGUUGCUCUGGAGUCAAUUGGAAAAGAAGCCAGUUCUUUGCCUCAAGUACAGGAAGCACAGGAAAUGGCCCUGCUGAAAUUUGUGCGACCUGAACAGCCACAGCUGCCUGCAAGACCGAGCAUGGAACAGCUCUCCCAUCUUAUUAAGAUCAGCCUGCAUUACCCUGAAUACUAUGACCAUCCAUUUCAUCAAAAGAGUUUAUGUAUAGUACCUGUUACUCUUGUUCUUUUCAACUGCUGCCAGAUUGAAGUGGAUGUUAUCAUUGAUCUACGACACAAGGCCACAGGGUAG